AUUGGAUGAAGUAUCUCGCCUUGCUUGUUAUUUUUGAGAAUCGUAGGAGAGUCUACAUACAUAAGUUUAGAAAAUAUGGGUCGCAAAGCAAAAUUUGAUGACGAGAAAAAGGUGAAAAAAGGACCGGGAAGAAAGGCAAGAAAACAAGCCGACCCUAUUUUCAAAAAAGGCCUCAUUGAAGAAGACAAUGAUAUAAAAAAGUUGAGCCACAGACAGAAACAAAGAGCUGCUCGCCGAGCGAAAAAGAAAACAGAAUUGGCUGAAAAAAGAAAAUUGUUAAAACAAGCGAAGAAAAAUGUUGCUAAACAAAAAGAAGUGGUACAUCCAGAUAAUUCUGAUGAUAGUUCAGAAGAUGAAGAAGUACAAGGUUUCACAGAUGAUAAUAAAGAAUGGUUGAAGCCAAAACAAAAAGGAAAAUCUGUGCAAAAGGAACCAGAGACUGAAAGUGACAGUGGGCAUGAAGGCUCAGAUGCAAAAGGAGAUAGUAUUGAUGAAGAUGAAAUUGAUAAACCUGGAAAUGAAAAAUAUAAGCUUGGCACUCUAGAUGACCUCUUUAAGGAUUCCGAUGAAGAAAAUGGUGAUGUAGAUUCAGAUGAUGAAGCAACAGGAAGCUCUAACAAAUUAGCUUACAAUUCUGACUCUGAGGAGGAAAAGAGUGAUGACGAUGAUGACGGAGAUGAUGAUAUGUUGCCAAUUGAAAAGGCUAACUUAAAAUUAAAGAAAAAGCAAAAGUUAGACAAAAAACUUGCAGAUGAGGAAAUGCAACUAAACAUAGCGAAACAAGAUGUAUUUGCUUUUCCUUCAGAAGAAGAGUUACAAAAUCCAACCAGCUUACAAGAUGUAUUACAAAGAAUCAAAGAUGUUGUAGUUGUUCUGAGUGAUUUCAGUAGUCUGAAAGAAGAUGGCAGAUCUAGGUGUGAAUACACAGAUCUCCUUCUUAAAGAUUUAUGUGUGUAUUACAGUUAUAAUGAGUUUUUAAUGGAAGUUUUAAUGCAAAUAUUUCCAGUUCAAGAAUUAAUGGAGUUUUUAGAGGCAAGUGAAGUUGCGAGGCCAGUUACCAUCAGGACUAAUAGCCUUAAAACUAGAAGAAGAGAUUUAGCACAAGCACUUAUAAACAGAGGUGUUAAUUUGGAUCCAGUUGGUAAAUGGAGUAAAGUGGGUUUAGUGGUUUACAGUUCUACUGUACCUAUUGGAGCAACACCUGAAUAUUUAGCUGGACAUUAUAUUUUACAAGGGGCAUCAAGUUUUUUACCUGUUAUGGCACUAGCUCCUCAAGAAAACGAGAGAAUUUUAGAUAUGUGUGCUGCUCCUGGUGGUAAGGCGUCUCAUAUUGCAGCAAUUAUGAAGAAUACAGGUGCACUCUUUGCAAAUGACGCUAACAAAGACAGAACUAAAGCUAUUGUUGGUAAUUUCCAUAGAUUGGGUGUUGUCAAUGCUGUAAUAUGUAAUUAUGAUGGUAGACAGUUCCCUGAUGUAAUUAAAGGUUUUGAUAGGGUUCUGCUAGAUGCCCCUUGCACUGGUACUGGUGUGAUUGCUAAAGAUCCAAGUGUUAAAACUACAAAAGAUCAAAAAGAUAUUCAGAGGUGUUUCAAUCUGCAAAGGCAACUGUUGUUGGCUGCUAUAGAUUGUUGUAAUGCAAAAUCAAGUACAGGAGGUUACAUUGUGUACUCCACAUGUUCAAUAUUGCCUGAAGAAAAUGAAUGGGUAGUUAAUUACGCAUUGAAAAGGAGGAAUGUCAAAUUAGUUCCGGUUGGACUUGAUUUUGGCACAGAAGGUUUUGUCAAAUACAGACAUCAUAGAUUCCACCCCUCCUUGAAAUUAACAAGGCGUUUUUACCCACACACUCACAACAUGGAUGGAUUCUUUGUGGCUAAACUCAAGAAAUUCUCAAAUGUCAUUCCGGAACCAGUAAAAGAUGAAGAUGAUGAGGAAACAGAAAACAAAGAAAAAGAUGAGCAGCCUAAAGAAAAAGCAGAGGAGCAGUCUAAAGAAAAUGCAGAUAAGAAAUCUGAAGUUGAAGAACCCAAAAAACAGAAAAACAUAAAAAGUAAUCCAUUAAAAAGACCAGCUAAUUCAUCUGAGACACAAUUACCGAAGAAAAAAAAGAAACCUCGGAAGCAGAAAACUAAGAAAUAAUUUCAAGUGUUACUUGUAAAUGUAAAAAUUUAGCAUUUAAUAUUUCAAAUAUUAAGAAUAGCGGAAUGUUCCGUUUGUUAUAUUUUAUGAGCGAAAAUAGAUCUUAAGCUGAAGCCAGUUAAUAAAGAGCUAAUUAAUUCCAAAAUACGGAUUAACCCAUAUUGAAAGCUUACUCGUGACAUUAAAUGGAUUUGAACCUUCUUAAGACCCUUUUCAUUAACGACGACCUUUUUUAUUCCAUGUAUUUCACUACGAACAAUUUUAGUUCAGGAUACAUAUUUUCUUGAUUUCUAUAUGACAAUCCUUCUGGUUUUCUUUCAU